AUGAAUCGGGUUGAGAUGUGCGAAUCAGCACGCGUGUACGGGGAGCAGAUGAUAUAUUCACUAGACCCUAGUCCUUAUCUCGACUGCCACAACGAGUUUGAGGUCAACCGAAUCACAUUCCAUGUUAAACCACUCAACAAACAUUUACUACACGCCUGCCAGAGGAUGUUCCGGAAAUCUGUCGAAUUUUUCCCCAUUGAGAUGGUGGAAAGUGAUGAGGGAAACGCCACAUACCUCGCCCUGGCUAUGAGUCAAAAGGUUUACGUCCGUUACAACAAUGGAUUCCAGCCAAUUAACGAGUGCAAGGAACUAAAAAUCGCGAUUCUAAAGCGCUUUAGGAUACAGAAUGGUUCAAAUUCUCCAAAGACAUGGGAAGUGACCUUUGUACUUGAAGACUACAGUGAACUACCCGCCUUCGGGACCUUCGAUGAGCUGAAGACGCUAUUUUCGUUCACGGGUUGA